CCUUAAUGUUGGUAUGGGGCAUAGCAGACGACAGGAUCGGCUCGAGCUGCUGUGUGUGUGUACUUGUGUGUAUGUGUGAGUGAGCCCCAUCCGGGCAAGUGCAGCUAAACUCAGCUGUAACUAGCUACUGGCAGCUGUGUGGCCUCCGGUUCACCAAGCUCUCGAGUGUCCGCUUCCAUCAGCACCAACCAGCAGGCCCUUCGCAGACCCGCCCUUCAUCCAGCCGUUUUCGUUUUGACGUCCGUCAGUGCCCGAACCUGUGGUCAACCAUAACCUCAAUAUGCUGUCGUCGAUUGUGUCAAGGGCAGCGCUGUCUACUAGCCACAGUAGCAGAAAUGGAAUCCUCUUUGGGGUUUCUCGCAUUGUUUGUUGUGAGCCAGCCCAUCAUGUGCAAGGCACCUCCCCUUCAUCUAAGAGGUGUUACCAUGAGGUCACGGGCGACAUUAUCUGCCCUUCAAUGGUACAGGGAAUUGACCAUUUGAGAGAUCCUCGACUGAACAAGGGCCUAGGUUUCACAUUGGAAGAGCGUCAAGCUCUAGGAAUCCAUGGUCUUAUGCCUCCAAAGUUCAGAAGUAUGGAAAUACAGUUGCAGCUGUGCUGGAAAUCUGUUUGUCGCUAUAACGAUUCAAUCAACAAGUAUCUUUAUCUUGCUGAGUUGCAGGACCGAAAUGAAAGACUGUUCUUUCGACUACUGUCUGAGAAUGUUGAAGCGUUGAUGCCCAUUGUUUACACACCAACUGUUGGGUUGGCUUGCCAAAAAUAUGGUCUCAUCUACCGUCGUCCUCGAGGGCUCUUUAUUACAAUUCACGACAAGGGGCAUAUUUAUGAUAUCUUAAAGAACUGGCCGGAGCCCGAUGUGCGGGCGAUUGUGGUGACGGACGGAGAGCGAAUUCUGGGUCUGGGUGACUUGGGUGCAUGUGGGAUGGGCAUCCCGGUGGGCAAGCUCGCCCUGUACACUGCGCUGGCCGGCAUCAAGCCCCACCAGUGCCUGCCCAUAACGCUCGAUGUGGGCACCAACAACCAGAAACUUCUCCAAGAUGCAUUAUACAUUGGCUUAAGACAAGAACGUGUCACAGGACCAGUCUAUGAUGAAUUUAUUGAUGAGUUCAUGCAAGCUGUUGUGAAGAGAUACUCACAAAAUACUUUGAUUCAGUUUGAAGAUUUUGGAAAUCACAAUGCAUUCCGCUUUUUGGAUAAGUAUUGCGAAGAAUAUUGCACUUUUAAUGAUGACAUCCAAGGUACUGCUAGUGUAGCUGUUGCAGGGCUCUUAGCCUCAAAGCGCAUUACAAACAGAAAAUUGUCAGACAACAAAUAUGUAUUCCUUGGUGCUGGAGAGGCGGCCAUUGGAAUUGCUGACUUAACUGUCAAAGGGAUGAUGGCUGAGGGCUGUUCUGCACAAGAGGCUCGAGAUAAGAUUUGGAUGGUUGAUAUUGAUGGUCUCCUAGCCAAGGAUCGUCCGGAGGGUCACCUUGAAGGUCACAAGGUAAACUAUGCAAAGGACCACAAACCCACACAUAGUUUUAUUGACAUUGUAAAUGAAGUGAAACCAAGUGUUCUUAUUGGUGCCUCAGCUUGUGCCGGUGCAUUCACACCAGAAAUCUUAAAACAAAUGGGUACCUAUAAUGAGCGCCCAAUUAUUUUUGCUUUAAGCAACCCAACAAGUAAAGCGGAGUGCACAGCAGAACAAGCCUACCAGUACACUGAGGGUCGGUGUAUAUUUUCUAGUGGUUCUCCUUUCCCACCUGUAGAAUAUGGAGGGAAAACCUUUACACCAGGUCAAGGAAAUAAUGCUUACAUAUUCCCUGGUGUUGCACUUGGUGUGAUUGCCACAGGCAUGCACCAUAUCCCAGAUGACAUAUUCCUCAUUUCUAGUCAGGUACUAGCAGACUCUGUAGCUCAGACUGAUCUUGAUCGAGGGAGCUUAUACCCACCUCUUGGUGACAUUAGAGAAGUGUCAGUGAAGAUAGCUACCAAAGUUGCUAAUUAUGCGUACAAAGAAGGCCUUGCAUCAUUGUAUCCGGAACCCAAGGAUAUGGAAGCUUUCAUAAGAUCCACUCAGUAUGACUAUUACUAUGAUUCCCCCUUGCCAGCCACCUACCCAUGGCCGAAGGAGGUUGAAAUGCACGAACCUAUUGGAGAUCUCUCUGACAAAGAACUGAUGUAUUAGGUGGUAAAAUGUGGAAAUGUGCAGUAUUUAUUCUCUAAGUUAAAAAUACAAGAGUGCAAGAAGCGUAAAGAAAAUUAACUUUACCUAAAUUGGGUUUAUUGGCAUGUAAGAGGCUCUCAGCCUCCUGUUUGUCAGGCCAUUUACUUGGUACUUUGAAGUGAGGGAAAUAAAUAUCUGAGAUUAAUGUGUCACAUACAGAAGUUGAACAUGGGAACAUGGGAAGUAAUACCAAUGUUUUUUGCUGGUUUAGUGUUCUGUAAUAUUUACUCAGCAACUUUUUAUGAGGAUACCUUUAAAACA